CUUACCCACCAGAAUCCCAGAGUACAUGGGAGUGCCAGCACUGGACCUAGGUGUAAUGAGACACGCAUUUAUCCCGGUACUCGGAUAGGUAAGACAAGAGGAUUGUGAAUUUGAGGUCAUCGUAAGCUAUCUAGCCAGACGUCAAGAAAAAGAGAAUAAGAAAAAUCAUAUUCUUCUCGGUUCACUCAUUGGUCAGUGCAUAUGAAAACCUGUGAUAAAAUGAAGUAUCUCGACAACAGGAAGCAGAUCCUGUGGGAAAGUUUGCCAGCUAAAAAUAUGCAGGUAGCCUUUGGAAUCCCAGGAACUUAAUCUGCAGGAAAGUGUUUUUAUCUCAUCCCCCUACAGCUCCAUUUUUUUUCCUUAAAUAUCAAAUUCAGGAAAAUUUUGCAGUGAAAUGGUUCAGUAGGUAAGAGAACUUGUUAUGCAAGCACGAGGGCUGGAGUUCAAAUCCCCAGAAUCCAUGCAGAGAGGUGUGCAUGGCUGUGCAUUGGGGGUGGAUAUGCUGCAACAAGGUCAGAAGGAGGAAUAUAACAGAGAAGAACAUUCAACAUCUUCCUCUGGCUUACACGUAUCCAAGUGCUUGUACUUGUGUACACAUACGCAUGCAGCACACACACACACACAAACUACAUACAUAUACACUACCUACUACACACACACAUUGCAUACACAUGCCACAUAUUACACACACACUACAAACAUACCACAUUCUAGGCACACAAAUCCAUAAACAUCACAUACUACAUGUACACACAUACCACAUAACACACAUAUCAAGUAACAUACACACCACACAUGUGCACUAUGCAUAAUAUAUACAUCAUCCCCUUCUGACCUCCAUAAAUACUUCUGACCUCCAUAUGUACUUACAUAUUCACACACAGUACCUUCAUAUGUGCACAUACAGACCACAUACAUCAUCCUCUCUUUCACUAAUGUAUGUACCAACAUGCUCACAUAAAUAUACUUGUACAUGCACACACUCUAUAUAACACCACAACAUACUACACAUACAACUUAUAACACAUAGUAUACACAGCACACACACUACAUAUCCAUACACACACUAACUCCUCCUGACCUUCAUAAGUGCAUGGACCUGCACACUUGCAUGCAUGCAAUACACAUGCACACACAUGCACACACAUGCACGCACAUACACAUUUAAAUUUAGAAAGUUUCAUAGUAGUUGAAAAGUUCAAUUUAACUGCUCUUAAUGUCUAUUAUCUUUUAUUUGCUUGGGUUUUUUUUUAACUUUGUUUAUUUAAUUGUAAUUGUUUCUGUGUGGGGAGGAAAGUAUAGUAUAAUGAAUCAUUAUUUUGUUUGAUUGGAUGUUUUCCUUUGGUUUUUCAGUGUUAGUUAUGGGACCCAGGAUCUUGUAAAUGCCAGGCAAAUGCUCUACCUUAGAACUAUAUGUCCAACCACAUUUACUUUUGAUCUUGAAAUGUAAAAGGGUAAGGAUUAGGUAGGCUUUCAGAAGAAAAGAAGAAAGAAGGGAGAAAAAUUCUGUACUUGAUUAAUGUGGUGGCACAAGGCUAUAGUCAAAAGAGUUGAGAGCCUGAAGCAGAAAACCAUGGCAAGUUUGAAGCCGGCUUGGCUAACAGUUUUGGACCGGCUCAAAACUAACCAGUCAUGUAAUAACAACAAACACACACACACACACACACACACACACACACACACACACACACACACACACGCAUGCACCUUAAAAACCCAAACUCGUCUGCUAGAUUUAUGAUACUUUCCCAAAUUACAAACUCAAUGGAACUGAACUUAAAUGUUUAAGGGUUGAAACUGAAAACUGCCUGAAGUGUCUAUAGCACUUAGAGCCAGAGACUCCCCAGCCAAGCAGUUGUUCUAAGCUAUCUGUGGAGCUAUGGGAAUAAUAUGGGAGUGUUUUAUGAUGAACAAUGACUGGGAAGCUCUCUACUGUGCUGUUGCCAUUUUAAAAGGAUGGGACUGAAGAGAAGGCUUUAAGGAUUCAAUGCUCUUGCAGAGAAUCUGGGCUCCGUUCUCAUGGCCCAAUGGCUUCUCACAACUGUCUAUCUGUAAUUCCAGCUCUUGGGGACCCAGUGCCUGAUUCUGGAGUCUGCGAACAGUAUAGUCAUGUGAUGCACAUAUACAUGUAGGCAAACACUCAUACACUUAAAUACACAUACAAAUAAAAUUAAAAUUUCAAGAAGAAAAACUCUCUCCACUAAUUUAGUUUCUCAAAACUAACAAAAUCAAAGAAGACAAAAGGAACACUUGUGCAAUGGGAAGAAGGACCAGGGUGGAAAAUUGUGAGGCAGGCACAUUACAGAUGUGUACAAUCAAUCAAACCCUCAUGAUGAUCCUGUAUGUGAACAAAAGGUCUGUAGGCUUUCUUAAAGGUACUGGAAAGGUCUGUAGUGGUAAUGAAAGGGCCAUAGCAGCGACGUUUGCUGUCUGGGCUAGCCAAACCACACUGUCUUGAGAUCUCAUUUGAGAGUCAUGCUUACACCAGCCAUAGCAGCACUGAUAUGAACUCAUGUGGCCAAGUUUUCCUACAAGAAUUUUAUGUGACUCUUACAUCCGAGCCACAGCUUCCAUAGGUAGAACUGUCUUAAGAUACUGGGACAGGGACAUCAGGUUGCUGGCUACCAAACUCUGGGCAAUUUGGAUUCCCUCUGAAUGCAUCUCUGAACUUAAGGAUGCAAAUUUACUGUCCAAGAGAAUUCUGAGAAAGGCAUUUCUAACUCUUGUCUUUCGACUGUCCAGCCAGGUUUCUACAUGUGCUUCAGCAUGUACAAGGCACACACAUGCACACUCGAACACGCACACAUGCACACACAGCCCAUGUGCUGUGAUGUGAGUCAGAUCAGUCAGGUCACAGGCCCCUGUGUCACAGAGAACAUGGCUGUUGGGCUAGUGAAAGGAAGGUGGUCUCAGCAAGCUGCCAGUGAAGUGACUUUCUCUGAUCUCCUUUUAAUGUUAGGUUUUCCUGUAGGAACCUGGUACUUAGGGUUGGGAAGGAAAGGAAGAUAAUGCCCCAGACCUGUGUGAGUCCUCAGCCUGCCCUCUCCCUGAACCUCACUCUGCUCCCCCAGCCUGCACACUUCCCUACCUGGGUCUGUGACCUCACCUGAGCACAUUUUUGUUACUUUGUUCAGUGUGCAGUUAUUUCUUUUUUGCUGAUUUUAAAUGAUCAGCCUCACAAAAUCUCCCAGUUGUGGAGACAAAGAAUCUUCUAUUCUCACUUUCAAAGCCAUGUUACUUAAAUGGCAUGCUGGAAAUAACUUUUUAAAGCAAAAAUUAUUAUAGACGAUUCCCUUCUAUGGUGCUUUCUUGGGCACAGAAACAAGAGUCUUGGUUAAUUUAACCUAGGUUUAAGAAAAACAGGAAUUUGGUUAUUUUUAAAUAAAAAUGACUGAAACUCAUUAAGCAAAGAGAAGUUUAGCCCUAGCCAGGAACGUGCAGUUUAUGUGGUGGACUGGGAUGUGGUUAUUUAUGGUGGACCACUGAAGUUUGGAUUGUAAGCCUAGCCUCAAUUCCAAUACUGUAUGCAGUGUCUUAUUCCUAGACUCAGUUUCCCCUGGUAGAAUUCUGUGCUCUGAGUGAUUGUAGUGAAUAAACAGGAAGUGGUAGAGGGUAGUAUUAGGAUGUGAGGGAAGUUAACUAUUAAAAUAACGGAAUGUGGUACAAUUCAAGAACACUAUGCAUAAAGCCAUAUCUGUCCAAGCCCUCUUUACAAGCGGGGAAGGUGUAGUGAGAUAAGCAGUUUGGAGUCUGUAAUCGGGUUUGGAGUAAGUGAGAUGGUUUUGUAUAUAGUUGAUGGCAAGGUGCCCAGUGUUCUCAUGACACUUGAAAGAUUUCAGAUAGAAGCAAAGGAAGGAUACUUCAUGCUCCAAGCACACCUCUAUGAAUGCAGUAGCAUCCAGAAGCUUCUAUAUAGUGCUUUUGUGUAAACAGCGGCGUGAGGAGGUAUGGGUCACUCUUUAUGACGGCCAUUCUGAAAGUCUGUGGAGCCUUACACUCAAAUGGUUCCUGCUGUGUAACCUGAUUCAUUUCCAUCAAUAUCUUCUUUGUUUGUAUAUAUACAGAUAGAUAGAUGAUAGAUACAAGGGGGGUUACACACACACACACACACACACACACACACACACGUUUUUUGUAUAUUAACCCCCAAACUCAAUUCUCUGUAUAGUUUAUUAUUCUUUUUCAUGACUAUUUGUUGUUUUGUUUUUUAAAAAACAUUUCUGACAUUUUAUUUAUAGUUUUAACUCCUGAACAGAAAACAAACACCUAUAAAACAGAUCAGUUAUGUAGAAUUUCAAAGUAGAUUUUUUUUUUCACGAUGAAGUACAGAAACUAAUUUGUUCUGGAGUUUUGAUGAGCCCUGGGAACCCCAGCACCUUCUUUUGGAGGUGUGUCACCCACUGGGGUUAGGGCUACCACCGGGAGGACAGCCCCAUUGUUCUCACAGGCUUGGGCUCCUCCUGGGGGAAGAAGCCUCAGUGAAGCAGGCAAAGGGUAGAGCUGGAGGGAAGUGAACACCUCCCUAUUCUCACCUCACAGUGUUGCUCUAAGAACAACUACCAGGGAUAAACUUAUGUCUCUGAUCGUCCCCUGACUUUAGAAGGAAUGAAACUGGUCCCAAAAUAGGUCCGUGUUUGAAAUCGCUGAAGUUUUGGAAAGCAGGUGGAUUUAGAGUAUCACAGUGUGUUCCAGACAAGGGCAGUAGGAAAGCAAAGCUUUAGGGGUACGAUUGUGCAAACUGCUCCAAAAGCAUCAAGAACCAUGCUACACACAGACAAGUCGGUAGGCUCACUUCACCAGACACUAAACUAUCUCUUCGUUAAAUGCCACCUCACUUUAAUCUCUCCUUUUAGGGACUUCUGAGCUGUUUGCAGACAAGCGUUGAGGGUAUCAUGUUUCCAAGCUCAGGUGAGCUCACUGAGCUAGAUGCCUGGACCUUGGGGAAGGAGUCUGGCAGCUGCAGAAGUUUUCUAAUCACACUGAAGUGUGACCUCAGGCCUCUUUCAUUAUUAGAACUUUCUCACCAACAAUGCCACAAUUCUUCCCACUCUCCAUGAUGGCCUCACAAUCUAGUCCCCAGCCCUGCUUCCUUUCCAGUCCUUUCUUCUCUUUCUCACCCAGGUUAUAGAAAUGAAACAGGUAACUGCCCUAUGCUUGCAGUCAGUUCCUUCCAAUCUUUUCUAUAUGGUGGCCAUUCUCCUUUUCUGUGCUGGCUGUGAAGAACCAGCAACUGGCUUCUUAUAUCACUGCCAUUGUAGCAGACAACUUUUGGAAACACAAUGCUAUUGUCUGUGCGAUAGCUACUUUUCUUUUAGAACACUGGAUUAUUUCCUGCUCUGCCAAAUCCCUCCCUAAAUAAAUAGCAGGUCUGGGCCUCUGAACUUACUAGCAAAGAGAAGUGAUUCAGGUUUGCCCUCUAGUGGCAAAUAUUAAAUGUACACCCUUAGCAGAAUGCCCCCUCCUAUUAUUUUGAUUUUUUUUGUCAUUAUCAACAAGUCAUGAAUCUGUAAAUUAUAGAAUUAGAUGCUAAACACCAAUUUGAAAGCUUAAAGCGAUGUCUUUCUAAUUUUAAAUAACAUGCAUUUCUCAAAUACGUUAUUUUACUCAGAAUUUGGACUAGAAUUUAAAAUAAAAUUUGAUAGUUCGAAAGUGUUUUGUUGGUCUAUUUCUUACAUCUGAAAGUGCCUAUAUAUAAGCCCCAUGGAGGAUCUGCUUGACUUAAAUAUUUAAUGACAUGUCACCAGACCUCAGAAUAGAAGAAGCCAGCAUCCCAUGGUGCUCAGGCAAAACUGCCAACCCUGGGAAAACAGUGCAUUAGCUGAAAUGUAACAUUCAAGGAAAAAUGUUCUUGAUGUAGCCAUCCCAACUUUUACCCAGAAUCAGCCUCAUAUGCAUCAAAGUCAUUCUUAUUCUCUUAACACACACUUAAAGCUCUGCUCUUCUAGGAUGCAGAGAGCAUAAGACCACAUUUUGGGGUGGGGGCGCCUCCACACUGGAUGAACGGAUUGAAAAAAUUCAAAUGACGGGAGCAUCCUAGUUUUCACGUGUAGUUCAGUAUAAACCUCUGAGCAGUAUGAGUCUUGGCUGGCUUUAACACUGAACGGAAUCCCGGGGUGGAAUGCUAUACUGAAUCACAAGAAAGGGGACUUGAAGAGUUACGCUGCAGACCCCAUUUCAACCCUUCACAGUGGCUUUCAGAAUACAUGAAUUAGUCUUAUUCUUCAAAUCCCCCAUCUGACCUGGGAUGCUGUUGCUGUUCAUCAAUGCUUUAUAAGUGAAAUAUUAACUGAAAUACCUAAGAUCUUCCUUCCUUUAACAAGAUGGAGAUACUUUAAGACUGAAGAGCUCAGCUGAACUAGUGAGGUCACGCACUUUAAAGAAACUGUCCAAGGCAGACACUGUUCUGGAAGGAACAGCGGCGGUGUUGGCACACACCUUUAAUCCCAGCACUUGCAGGCAGAGGCAGGCAGGUUCAGGGUCAUCCUGGUCUACAGGAUAAGUUCCAGGAGGGCCAGGACUACACAGAGAAACUAUCUGAAGAAAACAAACAAGCAAAACAAAACAAACAGCAACAUCAAAUAGUUAUCAGUGGAAGGCACUGAAACACAUUGCUUAUGUAUGGCUCCCCAGUGUUACCAUGAAAAGGAUGAGCACCUUUUUUCUCCAAUGUUAUUCUGUGCUCUUGAUCAUUUUCAUAGAAAACAGAAACGCACCGUAAAUAUUAUUAAAUGGUAAAGAAGGAAGAAAACAAACUGUACAAGCAUGAACUCAGAUAUUCCCCGGUCUUUUAUAACAGCCAGGGUUGUCAUUGCUUGAAGAGUAGAGGUCAGAGAACAACCUUGAGGCAUUAGCCACAUGUGCUGGACAGGGCAUCUAAUCUCUGCUGUGCUGUGCACUCCCAGUUCAGGACAGUUCCGACUGCCUCCCCUCCUUCCAUGGCAGUGCUAGGCUCACAGAUACACACUCAUUCAGCUUCGUACACUGCUUUCAGGGAUUGAAGCAGGUCUGUUAAGCUUAAGUGACUAACACUUUUACCCGCUGAGCCAUCUCCUGGGCUCCAAAUCUCUUUAGUUAUUAGCAAACGAAGUCUUAGUUACAUGACGUUUAUGGCAUACUUGACAGACAGACUAUCUGACCUCCCUUGAUGCAACACAAACAGAAUUUGACAAAGCCAGAAGCCAGCAUCUUACUGUCUAGUUACUGCUGACAUCCUCAUCCCCCAUCUUGAUUCUUGUCUUUUGAUGUGGUUGGAGCUCUAAGUUUCACAGGGCUGCCCUGGGAACGAGAGAACCGGGAUUCUAUUCUUGGCACCAUUAGUGACCUUGAGCAGAUGAUUUCAUGACAGGGUCUCUCCGCCUUCACUGUAAACUGAGAAGGUUAUCUAGAUGACCUCACAGGCUCUUUUUGGCUCUAGAUUUGGUGACUCUGGCAACACCUGCUGGUGCCAUUUAUAUGUUCUGCAUCUUUCUUCAACUUUUCCAAACUGUUCUAGCUCGUGGCUAGCGUUAUCAUUAGCACAAAUGUUUUUAAACCCUUUCAUGCUUAUAAUUUGCUGUAUUAUUUCUUAAUAGCAGUUGGUCUUUCUCUAUUAAGUCUUAUUAAGUAUGGUGUAUAUUCAGUUCCACAUUGAAAUUGGAUUGGCAGGCAUGUGACUGUGAGCGUGUAAAUCCAAGAUGGAGAGCAAUAAUUUGGGUGUGUCUUAUUUUGAGAUGAAGUCAAAUGUUCAAAUGGCUUACAAAUCAUCUGUAUUUCACAAUAAAUGGCAUUUUCCUAUAAAACCGUUGUUAUUCUAACACCUACUUUAAAAUGUCAAAUUGUUUAAUAAGUAAAAAUAUCACUGUUACAGUGUGACUACAUACCCCAUCAUUAGGGUUCUUUCAGUUCAUUUGUCUUGUGCACAUAGCAAUAGGCACUCUUGUUACAAUGAAUUGUUUGGAAGCUCUCCAAAGCAGCUUUGAACAGUUGUUGUAUUUGUAUCCUAUCAGUUUGUUGAUGCACCUAUGCCAGAGAUAGAGACAGAGACAGAGAGAAACAGACAGAUGGAGAGAUAGAGACAGACAAACAUACCAAGAGAGUGAGUAUGUAUGUAUGUAUGUAUGUAUGUAUGUAUGUAUGUAUGUAUAUUUACAAAAUUAUUCAGCAGAAAGGGCUUGGAUAUAUUCACAUUAAUUUUAAAUUUGAGGUGACUCAUUAGUAAAAACCUAAAUACAAUACAAGAAUCUAGUAAAAGGAACUGUAGUUCUUUUUUGAUUAGCACAGGAAAAAGGACAUUGGAAUAGCCCUGGGGAAGACCAGAGUCCAGAGCACAACAUAACUUCUGAAAGUCAGCCAAAUGCUAUUUGACUUUCUAAUAGAAUUUCGCAAAGGACCUUUUUUCUUUCUUCUCUUUGGUUCUUGUUUGUGGGUUUAUGCCUGUUGGUCUGGAGAACAGAAUCUCAUGGAGCCCAGGCUGGCCUUGCAUUUCCACAGUAUCUGAGAUUAGACUUAACUUGCUGAUCCUCCUGCCUUUAUCUCUCGGGUUCUGGGCCUCGAGGCCUAUGCGAACAUUCCCAGAUGCAAAGCCUAGCUUGACGUACAGGGAACACGUAGGAACUCGGCAAUGUGGGAUGAAGAGGCCACAGGAGCAGGAUGUAAUAGCCCCAGCUGAUGGUUCUCAGCAAAGUUUCUCCUUCACUCUCCUGUGUGCAUUACCAAGGCAAGCAGGAGGAACCAACUGUGGCUGUCUGUCACCCCAUGUGUUUGUCUGCCUUACAGCCUUAUGAAGUAAAUAUGUCUAAUUGUUUAAGGAAGAAACAGAGGCACAGGCUCACACAGUUAAACGAGGGCAGAAGAAUGGAACCCUAGGUCCCUGUGACAAAAUUCCAGGAUCCCCAAGCUGAUUUUUACUCCCCCUGUCAGAGACCUUUCUGUGGGCGUUGCCCAGGGUGCUUUAGCUGUCUGAGCCAUGGACAUAAGUAAGAUCAGGGUAAUAGACACUGCAGCGACAGUUGCUAAGGGAGUGACUAACAGAAAGCUCCACUUGAUGUCCGACCUCAGCACGGAGCUUUGCUUCAAGCCGCUUGCAGUGAACAACUAGUGUUGCUGCUGUCACUGUGAUGGUUGUUGCUGCUGCUGUUGGAAUUUUGAAGCCUGGCUCUCUAAACACAGAGAAGCAUUUCUUUCAGUUAUUCUGCAUGUAUAACGUCCUUCUGUGGAAGUAAAGAGGCUGAACUUGGUGGCUCACAAUCACAAUUCCAGGGCUAGGAAGGCUGAAGCAGGAUUAUACUAAGUCGAGACCAGUCUGGGAUGCAAUAGUGAGUUUCAGGCAAGCCUGUUCUGCAAAGUAAAACUUUAUAUGUUAAUUAAUUAAUCAGUUCUUAAAUAAAUAAAUAAAUAUACUUCUACCAUGACCAGUUUACCAUUAUUAAGCAAUUUAGCUACUUAUGAGAUGGUGCCUGGAGGUAGGCAAAAACAAACAAACAAACAAACAAACAAACAAAAAAAAACCAACCAAACCAAAAAAAAAAAAAAACAAAAAACCCCAUCAAAUUAUGGCAUGCAUAAAUAACAUAUUAUAUAUAAUACUGUACAGGUGGAAAAGCUCAACUUGAAGAUAAGAGCUUAUUACUUAAAACCCAGUGUAGCUUAUUUGCUAUAUUAGCCCCAGAGACUUUAUUGACUAAAGUAAACUAUCAGAUGCCUGAUAUGUGCUUCCCCCCAACACCCACACUCAACACACACAGACACACUCAUACACACACUCACAUACACACUCUCACACGCACACUCACACACAUGCACUCACAAGCACGUGCUCUUUAUAUAUGUCCCAUUUCUAGUCUAUAUAAAGGCAGACAUUCAAUAUGUUCCAACACACUUUUGGACUUAUGCUUGCUGGUGUGUGUGUGUGUGUAUUUCAUAUUUUUUCUCAUUCUACAUGAUAGAUAGACAUUUCUAUUUCAUCCCUGGCAAGACUUAAAAAGGCACUGAAACUGCAUCUCACUGAAGGGAAAGAGGGAAGGAGAGGGGAUGGGGGAAGAGGAUAGUUCUUGCUCCUAAAAGUGAGUCUACUUUCCAAAUAAGAGAAACUUAAAUAUGGCCAUUAUCAUCAUGUGCAGCUAAUAAGCAGCUCUCUCUUGGCAAGUUUGAAAAUGCUGGGCUCCAUUAUAAAAGUUAAAAAUGUCCUGGACCUGGAGUUGUUUACCCAGAGGGAGAACUGCUCUAAAGUUACAGAGCUCUGGUUGGAAGCAGCGGCUUUAAGGCCGCCUCCAAGUCCCUGACGUCACAGUAGCCCAGCUGCUGUUGUGACACUGAGCUCAGAAGUCCUCUGAGGGUGCAGUUUGCAAAGGGGUUUGUCAGGACUGCUGUGGGAAAUGGAUGGACUUUGUUUUGUAAAAGAAUCACUGCUCUUUAAGACAACUAGCUCUCUGCCCCGCCUCUUCCAUUGCUAGACUGGUCACGCAGAGCCUGACUUGCUGCAGGACGACCCCCAAGUGCGAGGAGGCUUUAUUCUAAAGGCAAGUGAGACCACUUCAAAUCACAGUUUAACAAUUCCAAGCUAAGAGAAGGCAGAGAUGAGCAGAAAUCCUUUGGCUGACGCGUACACAGUUGCCGUGGACCUGCAUGAGCAGUGCGAGACCACAGAGGCCAACUGGCAUAAGGAAAAGAUGGAGUUACUGGACCAGUUUGACAAUGAAAGAAAAGAAUGGGAGAGUCAGUGGAGGAUCAUGCAGAAGAGGAUCGAAGAGCUCUGCCAGGAAGUCAAGCUGCGGAGGAAAAUGAACAUGAAUGAACAUUCUAAGGUCAUUUGUCUUUGUCAUGAUCAAGAUAAAAUGGAAUUUCCUCCAAAUCCAAACUUAGGACAAUGCGAAUUCAGAGUGUUCAACCACCGAGAUGAUCCAGAAAAGGAAAAGAAAAGAGAAAGGGAUUUCCUUGGGGAAGAAAGUCAAGUGUCUCCAGAACAAAAUAUACACAGAGAAACCAAAGUGGGGUUUCAGAAUCCUUUGGCCACAGACAGGAAGGCAUGUGAGGCUUGGGCUGGUGAGACGACCUCUAAGGAUAGUAAAGAUUGUUCUGUCGCCCUUAACACCGCUCUUGAAGAACUUGCAAAAGUUAGUGAAGAAUUGUGCACCUUUCAAGAGGAAAUCCGAAAGCGUGCUAACCACAGAAGGAUGAAAUCAGAUCCUGUUCUGCAGGAAAUGCCAAAUGUAACCCAUGUGCCUCAUGAGGACCACUUGAUCAGCAAUGGCCAGGUCAUUCUUCUAACCAAUUUGGAGAAAGAAAAGCAGAGCAAGAAUCCGAGCUGCCAAUGGACUCCAAAACAGUUCUGUGGGCAACUGUGUUCCAUUGGCACAACUGGUUUACAAAGAACCGCAACACCACCAGCUCCUCCUCCAAGAAGUACCUCUCGGAAUCUUUCCAGGUCAUAUUCUGAACAAGCCCAGGAAAGACUGAAGGAAAGUUUAUACCACAGAGCUGACAUACCAGAAAGUGACAAAGGGACCAGCGUUCUGAAAGAGACUGACAGCGUGCCUGUGCCCAUGGAAAAUGUGUUCAGUGAUCCCACAGAAGCAUCCACAGUAGGCCUGCUCAAACAAAUGCAGACACGAGAGAGUCCCAGCAGCUGUCAGCUGAUGUCCCAUGAGCAUGACUGGAGACCAAGCGAUUUUUCUAGCCGGCCAAGGUCAGCUGAUCCCAAAUCAAAUUACGGUGUUGUGGAAAAGUUGUUGAAAACCUAUGAGACUGAGACAAGGUCUGCACUGCAAAAUUCAAAAUGCUUCAGGGAUAACUGGACCAAAUGUGGUUCUGAUGAGUCCAUAGCAGUGAAAGCCUCCAAUGGAAAAGGAUUUUCCCGACCUGCCAGACCAGCCAAUCGCCGGCUCCCAUCCAGAUGGGCCUCCCGAUCACCAUCUGCACCCCCAGCCUUGCGGAGGAACCCACAGCUAUAAAGUCUCUCUGCAAACCGAAGCCCAGACGCUCUAGGUCUCUAGCCUGGAUUGCUGGAUUACAAAGGCUAUCAUACCUUUUGCUAAACUGAAUCUUCAGAAUGUUUACAAACAGUCCUGUUCUCAUCUGUAUCUUCUAAGACCACUGGGACAAGCAAUCCAAAUCCUAGCUUUCCAUCAGUCUUCAGUGUUUUUAAUCUAUGGGAUCAUUAUCUCCUUGUACUUUAAUUUCUCACAUUAGAUUUUUUAUUGCCAUCCUCAUUGAUUUUCUGACAUGAUUUAAGUUGACACGAUGUACUAUAUUGUAUAUUCUAACUUUCCUUGCAAAUGCAGAAAAACAAGGUUCUGUGCAUGGCCAUGUGUUUGUGGGUGCAUGUGUUGUCAUAGGAAGUAUUCUGGUAUGUAUUUAGGUAAAAAUUUAUGUGCUAGUGUUGAGUUUGAAAUUAUAACAUGUAGACCUAUAUAUUCUUUGUGUUUAUUUUAGAGUUUUGAAAAUAUACAAUCCUAUUUAUAUUUUGCAUAGCGUUUAACAGGUACUCAAACUAAGGCAUUUGACAUUCAUGUAUCACUUAAUGACUUCCUUGGCGACCAACUAUAUUGAAAAAUUAAGAAUUAUACACAAACCUAAGAUUAACAGUUUUCCAGAAAUCAAUCUUAAAUAGCAUUUUAACCCAUAUGAAGAUAACUGAUACUGCUCAUUUCUUGUUAAAUGAAAAUGUCACAGGUUUAAUAUACCAGCUUUCUCAAACAAGCAUAAUAUGCUCACACAUGCUUUUAUAUAUCACCUGGUAGUCUCACGUGGUUUAAUUGUAUACUUGACUCUCAGCCAGGAUAAUUAGACUCCCUUAGUAAUGACAGGACACAGUAGUGGGUUUAUUUUAUCAUUCUCAUUAACAAACAUUUCUUAAAUGAGAUAAAGAAAGGAAUCAAAUCGUGCUAAAUUCUCCUUUUUGUUAAAAUUGUCCCGAGUUUUCAGUUGUUUGCUUUAUCUGGAGUUCCUUUGUUGAGGUAAGUUGUUUGGGUUUUGUUUGUUUUUUUGUUUUUUUGUUUUUCUCCUUCCUCUUUUCUAAUAAUUUCCCCAAAAUUAGUAGAUAAGACUAAUUCACUUUUUAUGUACAAUAAGAAUGAUCAGGAACAAGUUUUGCUGACAGCUCAGUUAUAUUGUAUUUCUUACACUGUAUAAAAAGGCCUUAAACUGAAUCAGGCAUUGCUAAGACACAAUGAUGUACAUCAAAGGUAUAAAGUGAUUACACCUGAUGCAUGAAGUCUAUACUGAGAAGUGGCAUAGGAGAAGUACAAGACUUAAGGUACUUAGAAUCCUAUAUGGAUCAACUUAGACACAACUUUGCUGUGCAUUGUUCCCAUUUAAAAAUCAAUCCUAUUACAUGGUUUGUUAAAUAUUAAUUCAAUUUUAUCCAAAAAUCUUAAGAAAUCCUCUUUUCCAAACAAAAUCUGUGGGCUUUCUGCCUAUAAUAUCCUAGCCACUAAGAGGAUUCCACCUUGUUAUACCAUUCCCUGAAGUAAAACACACACACACACACACAAAUAACUUUAAAUCACAGAUUGCCUUAAAAGGCUUGCGACUGUAGUUCAUGGUUUACAGUAAGAAGACUUCUAGGGCUUAAGUGGUAUUAAGUGUCUAGAAUGUGAGUUUGGCACAAAUCAUGAAGGUUAUAGUUCUACUUUUCUCAGUCUUGCAUCCUUCAGGGAACUUUUUCUACCACAGGAGAGUAGCCUAGACACUUUUCCACUAGAGGAGAGAAAACACUGGAAAAGGGGUUCCUUGGGGCAUGAAAUGAUAACCCAAAACCAUUGCUGUGGUCAUGUCUGUUUCUUGGUGUCCCUGAAUCCCAGGCAGCCUGAGAACAAUCUGUAGCCCCUGUCUUCAUGUUCAAAUCUGAGUGUUGAGGUCUCCUUUAAAGAUGGAAAAAAUCCUGAUCUCAUCCCAAAAAUAAUAAAGAAAGAUUUCCAGCACUGGG